AUGAAAAAUAUAAAGUUAAUUAGUUUAUUAGCCGCCACUUUGCUAUUUACCCCGAUCUAUGGGAUCAAUUGUGAUAAUGAUGAGAUUUUGAAAAAAUACAAUUUAAGUAAAAACCCUGCAGUAAUGAGUGCAGUUAUUGAUAUCGAGACUCCACCAACACUAUCACAUCAAUCUAUUUGGUUCAAUCUUUGUGAUUCUAACAAAAAUGGAGAUAAGUCCCAAUUAUCUAAGAGUUGUAAUGGAAAUGAUAUGGUUUGUAUAUUUGAAGAGAUUGAAACAAUUUCUAAUAGUAAUGAAAAAAUGAUAUCUAAAUUAAUUGAUAUCCCAUAUUCUACUGAUUUCGAUGUCACAGGUUAUGAAAACGAUGGUGUAACUGUUAGUUUAAGUUUAGUAAAAUGGGGAAAACGUUAUUUAGAUGUACAAUUACAAUAUGUAUGUGAUAAUAGUUUGAAAAACGAUGAAAUAUCUCAAUAUAAUUGGAAUAAAGAUUUAAUUGAUUUACAGAUUAAAGGUCCUUCAGGGUGUUUGAAUGUAGACAACGGAGGUAAUGAUGUGAAUACUCCUCAAGAAACUAAAGGAACAUCAUUAUUUGGCUGGUUUAUUUGGCUAUUGAUCUAUGCGGUAUUAUUUAGUUUAACAUUUGUGGCAAUUACAUCUUAUUUAAAGACACGAGAAUCGGGCUCCUUUGAAGAAUUUCGUGAUGAAUUUGUCACUAGAUUAUCAGAUUUAGUAAGGUCAUUACCAGGUUUUGUUAAUGAAGUGAUUAAUAAAGUAAUUGGUCGUGGAUCAAUAAAUGGAUCCAUACGGGAAGGUUAUAGUGCUGUAUGA